GUUAACUUUAGUGGUCGAUAGAGUUGGUCGCUAGCUUGAUUGGUCGCUGGAAUUGGUCGCUAGCUUGUGUCUGGUGUACUCUGUAAGAAUGGCCGUAUAAAAUAGAAAAUACGUACUAGAGAUAUAUAUGUAUUAAGAUGAUGAUAAGCAAUUUGUUAAAUAAAAAGAAACCUCCAAGGAUUGUAAUAUACACUCGAAGAUGGUGCAUUCUCCUGUUUUUUUCAUUUAACUGUAUAACACAGACUAUAAUAUGGAAUACAUGGGGACCAAUUGCACAGUCGGCAAAAGCUGUAUUCCUAUGGAAUGAUGCAACCGUCGGAAUGAUAGCUAACUGCAGUAAUAUAUCGACUUUAUUUACAGUUAUCCUUGCUAGCUAUUUUAUGGAUUAUAAAGGACUUCGAAUCUCAACUGUAUUAUGUUCUGGUUUGAUAUUUGCUGCUGCUGGUCUUAGAUGUAUUACUAGUGAUCCGGAAUACGCUACCGGAUUGAUGUACACAUCUGCUAUAGUAAAUGGACUAGCUGGUACAACGUUUUUCUCGGGACCACCACUGUUAGCAUCGUUGUGGUUCCCUCUGAAUCAACGAACAACAGCUACUGCAAUCAGCUCACUAUGUAUCUAUGCUGGAUUGGCAGGAGGUUUUCUUAUUGGUCCACAAUUAGUUUCGGCACCUAUAUACAACACAACAGUUAGAUAUCAUAAAAGUGACGUAGUAACACCCAUGGUAAAUGAGUCGUCAACAAUGUCGUACCAAAAUACCUAUAACGAAACAGCGUUAGUAAAUUUGGAAGAGUUAAGAAACCAGGUCAUGUGGUUGAUGUAUGUUGAAUGUAUAGCAGCAGCUGUUGGGUUUUUUGCUAUUCUUUUGUAUUUUCCUGACAAACCACCAAGCCCACCAAGUAAUUCUGCUAAUGAGAAAAGAACUGAGUACAAAAAGGCUAUUUGUCAAAUAAUAAGGCACGGACCUUUAUGGUUAAUCUCAAUAGCAUUUGCUUUGCCCAUUGGUGUAUAUGCCGCCUGGGGAGCAAUACUUGAUGUUAUUCUACACCCUGUUGGGGUAUCGCAGGAAGAAGCAGGCUGGAUAGGAUUCUAUGCAACAGUAGGUGGAUGUAUUGCUGGAGUUGUGAUAGCUAGAUUUUCAGAUCUGUUUUUGAGACAUAUGAAGUUAUUCCUGAUAUGUUUAUAUAUGUGCGGUGGUGCUUCGUUUGUAUGGUUCACACUUGUCUGUGAUAAGAUUGUACCAUAUUCAACAGCACAGCUGUACAUUUCAAGCAUUGCUGGCGGAAUAUUUUUAAAUGGAACAAUACCUCUCUUUUAUGAAUUGAGUUGUGAGACAUCUUACCCUAUAGCAGAAGGAAUAACCGGGGCUUUUUCAACUAUGCUGGAUAGCAUAUUUGGUGUACUGUUUCUUUUCGUUCUACAAAUUCCGAAUAUUGGUACAACAUGGAUGAAUUGGUGUCUAGUUGGCAGUAUAGGAGCUGGUAUUCUGGUUUUAUUUAUAUUUAGAGAAUCAUACAGGCGAACAGAUCUUGAUAUAAGUAUAGUUGUUCAGUCUAGUGACUGUGUCGACAAAAAUGACGAAAAAGAGCAGGUUGAUGCUGACUUGUUUGAUAAAAGAAGCAUUUGCGCUGAAAAUGAAGAAUUACAAAAAAGUAACGGAAUGAAACUUUAACUGUUAAAAAUAAUUUACUUUAAUAGUUAUACUAAAUGUUAGAAUAUCGGGGUUUAAUUAAUUCAGCUAUCUGUUCUGUGAAUUACAGUUUGCUGGUA